AUGACCCACAUCACGGAUAAGAAUGACAACUUGAUCGUCCAGAAGAUUAAUCCAGGUCUUCAUAAAGGCGUUUACAGCGGAGAACUUCAACUUUCCAAAGUUACUCCACUUGGCUUCUGGAAAAUUAACGUCGAAACUAAGGAAGAAGCACACUCUGAAACCAUUGAAGUGGCUGAAUAUGUGCUGCCAAAAUACGAAGUGAAAGUUGAACUGCCGAAAAGUUAUUUGGUGUACGAGAGUGGCUAUAACGAUGACGUUCAGAAUAUUUCAUCAAAACAGGAGGACUUGAGAGCAACAGUUACUGCAAAAUACACUUACGGUGAGCCAGUGAAAGGUGUUGCAUUAAUUUCGUUCAAACUGAGGGCAGUGAGGUACAAGAAGUCCGAUCAUAUCCCAUCCAUCAACAAGAUGAUUCAGUUAACUGACGGCAAAGCUGAUGUGUCGGUUUCGUACAAGGAUCUGUUGAACCUCUUCCCAUGCUCUGAUUCGUUUAACCGUCUCUUGUACCAGACCAUAGAAGUAGAAGCUUUCAUAACUGAGCAGCUCAAGUUAUCUCACAACGAGUUACCCAACCCCAUGCUUAAAGACCUCAAAUAUUUCAACGGAACUUUCAAAAAAAUUCCUGUUAGCGUUACCUUCCAUGUUAGAAACUAUUCAUCAUCGUUGGAGAAGAGCUACAUGACCGAAUUCAACGAACUUGGUGAGGCCGUCAUUUCGCUUGAUAUCGACAAAAACAUCAAAAGCCUAUCCCUCAAUGCCAAAUAUAAAGAUGAUGUUCUGGACACGUUUUUGUACGCUUCUCAUUAUGCUUCUGAGUUUGCAAACAGAGAUAGAAAGUUCUUACAACUCUCCGCUAAAGUUCUUGACGAUGUUUUAAAACCUGACAAAAACACAACAUUCAUCGUGCGAACCACUGAGCCAAUAAAAUACUUUUUCUAUCAAAUUCUGUCAAAAGGUUUUAUAAGCCAAGCAAAAGUUGUGAAAAGUGACAAAGCUUCAUCUCUGCACGAGUUUACGAUAGUUCCCUCCAAACAACUUGCAUUGGAACUGGCUCCUCGCGUCAAGAUUCUUGCCUACUACGUUAACACCAAGGAUGAAGUGGUGGCAGAUGCAAUGACUGUUAACGUCGAAGAUUACCUCGUUAACAAGCUCAGCAUAGCAUUUGAUAAAAAUUCCACGAGUCCCUCCAAGCCAAUCGUUUUGAAUGUGGAAGCUGAGAAAGAUUCGUUCGUUGGCAUCGCAGCCGUCGACAAAAGUGUCUUGUUGCUACAUGCGCCUACACAAUUAUCCAAACUGAAAUAUAUGUUGGACUACACCUUAAAUCCGUGCAGGACUAUUAUUAGAUAA